AUGUACAUAUUAUUGUAUAUUGUCGAUGCUGCUGUAAUCAAAGGAAACUUACAAGCUUGCAAACCCGGCUAUUUUGCCCUCACAUUCGAUGAUGGACCCAAUACAUACACCCCUGAACUUAUUGACACUUUGAAUCAACAAGGUAUCCCGGCUACGUUUUUCAUAAACGGACUUAAUUUCAUCAUCUUCGCUCAGGAUGCUAUUGCAAAAGCCUAUAGAUCAGGGCAUCAGAUUGCCAGUCAUACUUAUACACAUCCGCAUUUGACAGAACUAUCUGACAAAGAAAUUGAGAUCGAGAUGCUUCGCCUGGAAAAUCAGACAAUGCAUAUCAUAGGAAAAAGACCUGCCUACAUGCGUCCACCAUUUGGCGAUAUUAACAAGCAUAUAAUUGAUCUACUCAACAAUCUGGGUUAUACUAUUGUUACAUGGUCUCUGGACACUAAAGACUACGAAACACACAACUUAUCAGAUGAAAUGAAGAGUGUGUCGGUUGGUAUGGAAGGCUCCUCUCAUGGAUAUAUCGCACUUACUCAUGAUGUUUAUAAGCAGACAGUAGAAGAACUGGCAAUUUCGCUUAUUAAUUGGGCCCGUGACAAAGGUUUCAAGUUUUGUACAGUGGCCGAGUGUAAGUUUUUGUUGUUAGAUAAAGUUUAA